AGCUUGACUUUCGCCAUGUUUCGGGUCAAUGUGGACUGAUACAUCAGACGUCUGUGGUAUCCCCAUAGCCAUAGCCACAGCCACCAGGUAGUCGUGUGCUCGUGGCAAGCAAUGGGAACAUUCGGAGCCCGAGUCCUCGUAAUGUAAAACUAGCAAAUGGACGGCCAUAUGCAACAGGAGAAACAUGUCAAAUAGGUCCCCGGCUACGCAGCAAUGACUGUCAUCUCUGCCCAUAUGCUCGGUCUGGCAUCCAACUUUGGUUCUCGCACAGCUUGCAUCCCGACGACAAGCACCUGCGGUGGGGAAGGGAGGAAUGUUGAUGAACUCUCCUAAAGGUUUCUCCAAUGCUGGCAGCAUGUAAAAGUUCACAUGCAUACGGAGGCUGUGAUAUGGAACCUGCUCACCUCUAGUCAGGGCCCGCCCGUCCAGGUCCAGAGAGUUCACUGGGGAGGAUCCUGUCAUCAUUACGAGGACAUUGAACAACCAAGGGCAUCGGUACUCCUAGAGCCCCCGGGCUACAAGGCACAAAAGGACAUGGACAGAUGCCGCGGGUGCAUUUCUCUGGUGGACUGGGACCUGCAACCUGCAACCUGCAACAUUUUUAACUAGCUGCCACAGAUCGGAUGCGCACCGAAACACCUAGCGUGCAUUGAGGGCAGUUCACCGGAUAUGCAAUUUCGAGUCUCAGAUUGGUCCUUUGACUGCUCUCAUAGAAUUCGUAGAGUGAACAAACAAGCUUGCCGUGGCUGGUGGUGACCGUAUCGGCACGCAAAUGGCUCGGCUCAAUCCCCGUCUCCUUCACCGCCUUGGGAAAUUCUGCCGGUCAAACACAAAAAAAAGUUGCGAGUGCAAACUUCACCAUCCCAGACCAAGCGAGCGCAGCCACGGGCCCCAGAACCCCAAUCCCGCCAUGGUUCGUACAGGAGCGGAGGAGGAUUUUGUCCUCACAAUCUCUGACAAUGAGGACCUGCCAGCCAGUGAUCUUGACACAGAUGACUCGGAAACCGUAGCGCCCCGCACCAGCACCAAGCGAAAAAGGGAAGAAAAGAAAACUGGUCGCAAGAACAAGAAACAGAAGGUGCAGAGGGGAAGAGAUGCAGAGGACGAGAGUAUUGCGUCAGGCGACGAUUCAGAGAGCGGCGAAGAUACGGGUGUCCAAGAUGGCGCCCUCGAUCCUGAUUUCGAGUUUGAUACUGGAGCGAACGAAGUGCUCGAAGACCUUGAGGAAUUUGACGGAUGGGGCGAGGACAACACAACCACAAAGAAUCGAGAACAAAAGAAGAAAGGCGUCGACAUCGACGCUAUCAUUGCUCGUCGCGCAGAGAAGAAGGCAAAAUCCACUGGGUCCAAAAAGCAUCAAGGGGCAGUAGCAGAAUCAGAAUCAGAUGUGGACGAAGACAAUGGCGAGGACGACGUGGAGAUGCCCGACUUCGAAGAUGACGAACUUCUUGCUCCAGACACUUUCGGUGCUGAUGCUGCAUCUGAGGAUGAGGAAGACGAGGAAGAUUCAGGGGCGGACAAAGAACAAGACGACAACACCGACGACGACGGCGACACCGACAAUGCGUCCGACAGCGACUCAGUGGCCUCUCCAACAGCUCAUCCCGACGACUUAACCUCCGAUCAGUCAGAUGCUGAAUCGGAAACGUCUGUCUCGGAAGAUCCGGACGAGAUAGCCAAACGCGCAGCGUUCUUCGCUCCCGAGGACAAAACAACACGACCCGACAUCAAAUCCGCAUCCUCGUUCCAACAAUUCUCCCUGUCACGGCCUAUCUUACGCGGCUUGGCCAGCCUUUCAUUCGCGACCCCAACACCCAUCCAAACCCGCGCCAUUCCCGUCGCCCUGCAAGGCCUAGAUGUGGUCGGGUCCGCCGUGACGGGCUCUGGCAAGACGGCCGCGUUCCUCCUCCCCAUCCUUGAGCGCUUGCUAUAUCGCCCCCGAAAAGUGCCCACGACGCGAGUAGCCAUCCUCAUGCCCACCCGCGAACUCGCGGUCCAAUGCUACAGUGUCGCCACCGCUCUGGCGCGGUUCACAGACAUCACCUUCGCGCAGGUCGUGGGUGGCUUCUCCUUACGGGAACAAGAGACCAUCCUGAAAAAGCGGCCCGACGUCGUGAUUGCCACGCCAGGUAGAUUCAUCGACCACAUGCGCAACUCGGCCAGCUUUGCCGUCGAGAACAUUGAGAUCCUGGUGCUGGACGAAGCCGAUCGGAUGCUCGAGACCGGGUUCGAAGACGAACUCAACGAGAUCCUGCGCACCAUCCCCAAGGGAAGACAGACGAUGCUCUUCUCCGCCACCAUGACGGAUAGCGUCGACAAAUUGGUCCGAGUGGGCAUGAAUCGUCCCGUCCGUCUAUCCGUCGACGCAAAGAAGUCUACAACGGCAGGUCUAGUUCAGGAAUUCGUCCGUCUCCGCCAAGGACGCGAGGGCUUGCGUCUGGCUACUCUAUGCGUGCUGUGCCAGAACUUCUUCACCGAACGCACGAUCGUCUUCUUUCGUCAGAAGAAGGAAGCCCAUCGUGUACGCGUGGUGUUCGGCUUACUGGGCUUAAAGGCCGGCGAACUGCACGGAAGCAUGACGCAAGACCAACGUAUCAGUGCAGUCAAUGCCUUUCGCGACGGCAGGACAACACACCUCCUCGCCACGGAUCUCGCCAGUCGAGGUCUCGACAUCAAAAACGUCAUGACAGUCGUCAAUUACGAAGCGCCACAGACGCAUGAGAUCUACUUGCAUCGCGUUGGUCGCACGGCCAGAGCAGGCCGCUCGGGGCGUGCGUGCACGAUCGCCGCCGAACCCGAUCGGAAGGUGGUCAAAGCGGCGGUGAAGAGCGCCCGACAACAGGGCGCGAAGGUCGUGUCUCGCGUGAUGGAUGUUCAGGCGGUCGACGCCAUGCACCGACGGCUCGAAGAUCUCGAGUCGGAGAUCGAGGAGAUCCUGAAAGAGGAGAGAGAGGAAAAGCAACUCGCCGCCACCGAGGCUGAGAUCGCGCGCGGCGAAAACCUCAUCAAGCACGAGUCCGAAAUCAUGGCCCGGCCAAAGAGGACUUGGUUCGAGACCGAGAAAGAGAAACGCGACUCCAAGAUCAAGGGACGGAUGGAGUUGAACGGGCCGGACGGGGUGGGAGCCGUGAAGGUGCGGACAGAGAAGAAGAAGCUGAGUAACAAAGACAAGAAGCGUCUAGACGAUGCGCGUGAGAGAAAAGAGGGGAAAAUGUGGAGGAAGGGGAAGGGCAGUGAGGAGGCAGUAAGGAGGAUGAUGAAGGAGAAGGGAAAGAAGAAGAAUAAAAAGAACGGGGGGAGGAUGAAGGGUAAGAGGUAAGGAUCGAUCAGUAUAAUACCUAUUGGACAGUCUAUCAAGAGACCAAAUGGACUCGACUCUACUGGUGAUCUCGACUUCUCCUCUCCCAAAUAUGCGUGGAUGAGCUGUGGACUGUGAUGAAAGCAUGAUCUUCCCAGUUGAUCGUCCUUCGACUGUUCCAAUCCCCUUGUUGCAAAGCCAUUUCCGACUCAGGCGCAGGUCGCAGCUCUCGCCGGGAUUAUAAACGGCCAUCCUUCGUAUCUGGCUCCGUCCUGGCAGUUGAAUUGCGAGUCUAACUCUAUAUCACAUUUCCGACGAGAGAAGAAAGAACCGAGAGCUGUGAAAUCAGAGCCGGAGAGUCGGGGACGGCGAACAUUUGUUUUCUCCGCAAAUGUGUCGGUCUUGAAAAUGGCACGAGUUGUCACCAACCUUCAGUCUCUGAUUCUCUUUUGAUUUGCAACAGCGGAUUCAUUUUAUGCCGGCCGGUUUCAGCUUCCCC